GCGGUUGAACAGAGCUAGCCAUUUUGAUUAGUAACAUGGCGUCAGGGGAGAUUAAUAUGGCGUCGUCAGACAUAAUAACGGAGGUAGAGAUUCAACCGGAUAUUCAAGAAGUCGAAAUAGAAACGAUUCCAGUAGAAAUACCUUGUGAAACUGUGGAGACAACUAUCGAAGGAGAAGACGGGCAACCUAUAAUUGCGCUUCAACCACUCCCUGAACCUGGACGCGAGGAAAUCAUAUUACAGACGCAAGAGGAAAUUGUCGGCAGUGAUCCGUUGAGCGUUUACGAUCAAAUACCAGUACCGGAUAACGAUAUUUAUGUGGAAUCCAGUCCUGGACCAUCGAGAAAGACAAAUAAGAAAGCAAGAAAAGGCGGCAAUUCAAGAUUUCGUGCACCAGACCAUACGAUAUUUGGCGAUAUGGGUACUGAAACUAAGGCUAGGAAGUGGGAGCAAAAACAGGUUCAAAUCAAGACUCUCGAAGGAGAAUUUUCGGUGACAAUGUGGGCUUCGGGCACUGAUGACGGGAGUGUCCUAUUAGCGUCUCACCUGGUGGAUGUUCCAGAUGAAGGUUCUAAUCCUGAGCCUGAUCCAGAUUACACCGAGUACAUGACAGGAAAAUCCAAUACAAAGUUCAACCACUCAGGAAGUUCAGUAUCUGAUGGGAUGCCAGGACUUGAUUUAUCUGAUCCAAAACAACUGGCAGAAUUUGCCAGACCUGGACACAAGAUAAAAGUACGUAAACCACCAGCUAUAGAUGGAGUAGAACGUACUAUUGCCUGUCCACACAAGGGAUGUACCAAAAUGUUUCGAGACAAUAGUGCUAUGCGCAAGCAUUUGCAUACGCAUGGUCCUCGGGUUCACGUGUGUGCAGAAUGCGGAAAGGCGUUUGUUGAAAGUUCGAAAUUAAAAAGGCAUCAAUUGGUGCAUACUGGUGAAAAACCGUUUCAAUGUACUUUCGAAGGUUGUGGAAAGAGAUUCAGUCUUGAUUUUAACUUAAGAACCCAUGUAAGAAUUCACACUGGAGAUAGACCGUAUGUUUGUCCUUUCGACGGAUGCAGCAAAAAAUUUGCUCAAUCAACAAAUUUAAAAUCCCAUAUAUUGACACAUGCUAAAGCGAAAUCACGAAAUAAUAUCGGAAGACAAGUAUCACAAAUACAAUUACAACAACCACAAUUUGUACAAGUGGAAGUAGCUGAUGUGGAUAAUCAGCAGUUCAUUGUCUAUGCUGAUUAGCCCCCCUAAAAUUGAUCUCCUUUAAUCCUCGCAAUCCCAACUAUUAAUUAUAUUGUAUCCAAUAACCAUUAAUCCUAAACUGUGUACAUAUUUAUAAAACGAUGCGGCGUCUGAAACAAGAAUAUUAUAAGGAAAACACUAUUUGUCUUUCUGAUUACAAAUGUUUUAUUGUGCCCUAUGCGUAAGCGAACCAAUAAAUAAUUAUAAUGGACGAUAGAACACCAGGAGCAUUAUAUAAUUAGAUUAACGGAGUAAAUAUGAAGUUUUGAUCAAGUAAAAAUAUUGCAUAUUUCUUCGAAUCAUAAGUAGACUGAUCACGUACUGCUCAAUUUAUGUUAAAAUAUAACAUAAUCUAGUGCGUGUUCGUCGAUUCAUGACUGUAUAUAUUUAUAAGUAAAGUUAAAUAUUGUAUACAGUAUAUUUUGGAAAAAUUCAAAUAAUAAAUCAUAAAAAA